AUCAGGUUGAGAAAAAUGAGCUGCCUUACGAGAGCAGUAGCAAAUAUGGUACAUACCAUAUAUUGUUUUAACGGAAAGACCCCUAACGUAAUGUGAUUUUUUACCGGUUUCCCAGUCCACUGGAUGCAGCCUGCCGCUGCCAGACAUCAAUUUCCAGUUGACGAAGACGGAGGAUCAGCUCGCCCUCUCCAGUCCUUAACAGAGUUUGGGAAACAGGAUUGAUAGAGUCUUCACUACAAUGCCAUAUGAAAAUAUGGCGAAUGAAUUGCAUGAAAAGAUUGGGAUCCCCAUUGAGAAUGGCCUCCUGAAAAAUCGUCUAAAGACUCUGAAGCAUAGCUUUUAUGAGUGUUACGACCUUUUCAAUUGCAGAAGUGGUUUUGCUUGGAGUCCAGACACUAAAAUGUGGACUGCUAAGCCUGAACUAUGGAAAGCACUUGCGAAGGUUGGUAAAAUGUUCUUGUCCAAGUUAUCUGCUUCUUGUGCUUGGUUAUUACGGAACUAAUUUCCAGUUCGUGCUGUCUUGUUUGUCAGUCAAAACCUGAUGCAAAAAAAUGGAUGAUUACAAGAAUUGCUAAUUAUGACAUGCUUGUGAUGCUUUUUGCUAAAGAUAGAGAGCAGAGGAAAGGAGCUAAAAGGGGUCAAUUGGGCUGCUCAAUAGGUGGCCGAGUAUUUGAUGGUAUCCCUUUGCAAGAUGUAGUUGGUGCAAGUAUGGAGGAAAAAGACACGAAUGAUACCAGUCAGCAACAUCAUUGAAAGGGAAAAAACGAAAGGCGACAAGAGUUGAGUAUUUGAAAGGGAGUUUAAAAAGCAUAAGGGAAGCAAUUAAAGAUGUUGCAGAAGCAAUCAGGGAGGGGAAUGUUAUAGCCGAGAGAGGACAACUACGUGUUUACUCAGAGCAGGAAGUAUUUGCAGAAUUAGUGAACAUAGGGCAUAUAUUUUCCUUAUUGCAAACGCUGGGAGCUGAGGAGCGAAAGGAAUUUUUAUUGCAGAUGAUGCAUAAUAGUCCUGGGGAUUUGGCAUAUUAAAAUUUAUUGGCUGGUUAGGAUUCUUUUUUCUUUCAUUAGCCUUGAAUGGGAUGGCAAGCAGGGAUAAUGUACAUAAGAUAUGAUGCUUCACAAUUUAUGGUGUGUUAUAGUAGAGCUAUUUGCAUUCCUUUUUUUUUGGUUACAUUGGUUGAUUACUACUAGUUUCCGGCACUCUAUAUGUAGUUUUAGUUUUAAUUAUGAAAGGUCUAAUUAUACUUAUUUAAAGUAAAAUUUUGAGUUGAUGUUUUAUGGAUGGAAAAAGUAUUGUAAUUUAAUUGGGCUAAAAUAAAAGAACAAACUUAAAUGAUUUAGGGGUUUCUUCGAUUAUACUAUCUGAUUAUGUGAUGAAUUUUGAUUGGCAAGGCACAAACUAAAUGGUUUGCAGGCUGCAGGUAUUACUAUUUACGUGAGUAUUGGACUCGCGAAUAUCCAUUCAUAUCACGUGACUUUCCCCUCCAUGCUGGCAUGUAAUCCUGUACCUUCUCUCUCUCUCUCUCUUCGCCAGUGUUUCUAAUAAAAACAAAAAAUGGAACAGUAGCCUAAAGGUUGUAUUGAGAGAAAAAGAGAAAGCAAUGAGAGGUGAUGGUGGCGAUAUGUCAUCGGAGACAAGGAAGAAGAAGAAGAAGAAGAAGGGAAGGCCCUCUCUCUUAGAACUCCAAAAACGCUCUCUCAAACAACAACAACUUCAGAAGCCGCAGCAACCGCUAUCGCUUCUACAAAAAACCCCUAAUCUGAUAAACCCUAAUUCUUCUAUAAAUUCGAACCACCGAUCCGCUCGCCGCCAUCCCAAUCUCAAGGGUGACUCCCCUGUUCCCGGCUGGAUUUCCGGAGGGAACGAUGACGAUGACGAACGCCUAGAGAAGAAGCAUAAACCAUUGCUAGGCUUCAAUUCUUCUCGUAAUCAUCAGCAUUAUCCGCUUCCUUCGGCGCCCAAUUCGGCCUCCUAUGGGUCCGACUCAAAUGCGGAUGGUGACGGUCCCGACUCGUCACUCAAGCGUCGCAAGUUUACCAACGCCAAUCCUGGAUCUUAUGAAAUGGGAGAAAAGUUACCGAAAGUGACGGACACACUUCAUGGGUCACCGGUGGAGCCUGGCCCCACCCCCACGACGCCUUUGCCAGACCAAAAGUUGUUGGUCUUCAUUCUUGACAGGCUCCAAAAGAAAGACACUUAUGGGGUAUUCUCUGAGCCAGUAGAUUCGGAAGAGCUUCCAGAUUACCAUGACAUUAUUGCACAUCCAAUGGACUUUUCGACAGUCAGGAAAAAACUUGAUGAGGGAGCUUAUACUACCUUGGAACAAUUUGAGAUUGAUGUUUUCCUAAUAUGCUCGAAUGCAAUGCAGUAUAAUGCACCAGAUACAAUUUACUUUCGACAGGCACGAUCAAUGCAAGAGCUGGCUAGAAAGGACUUUGAAAAUUUGAGGCAAGAUAGUGAUGAAGGUGAACCACAAGUGAAAGUUGUGAGGAGAGGAAGGCCACCUGGAAAGAGCCUCAAAAAGUCGUUGGUUUCAUCGUCAUCUAUUGACCAUGUUGGUUCCGAGUGCUCCUCAGGUGCAACUCUAGCUGCUGGACGAGAUGCUUCCAUUCUUUCAAACACUUACAAUUUGAGGAAAGGACCUAAUUCCCUCAAGCUACGGCCUGCUGAUGCAUUCAUCAGGCCCUCCUGGGGUUCUCCUAGCAAAGAAAAUCACGCCAUUUGUUCAUCUGAAUGGGAGAAUGAAUUUCCAGCUUCUGUUGUGAGGGCUGUGAUGAAGUAUGGGAUGAAACAUUUUGCAGUAGAUGAGAACAGGCGUGACACCUACAACCACUCAUCGACUUCUGGACAUGAGCAACGUACCUUUUCCACCUUGGAUGGAGAAUUGAAGCAACUAAUUCCGGUUGGUUUGAGUGCGGAAAAUGGUUAUGCUACAAGCUUGGCACGUUUUGCUGCAAAUCUUGGACCUGUUGUGUGGAAAAUUGCUUCAAGGAAAAUUGGAAGUGUUUUGCCUAGUGGACUCAAGUUUGGUCCUGGAUGGGUUGGAGAAAACAGGACAGUUGAGCAGCAACAAUUUUCCUUACCUGAUAAGCAGAGAACUUUGAAUUCUCUAUCUGAUAACCCUCCUGGCAGAUUUUUAUCUACAGCCACUUCUGGUUCAAACUCCAUUGCUGCAAGUAGAUUUCCUUUGCAAGGUAGAGAAGACAUGGAAGCUGUCGUAGGCCUAACUUCUCAAAAUGACUCGACUUCUGCACCUUCUCAUCAGUUUCAGCAAAGUCUUGUCCCACACUCGGGUAUCAAUGGUUCUAUUGGUGGGUUUGGGUUUGGUUAUUACUCUCAAAUGGGGUUGGUAACACACUGUGUAAAUUCCUUGUCUGAAAAGACUUCAGUGCCGACUCAAACACUUGUCAUGGUUUCAGGUGCUAGUAAUUUUCUUCCAAAAGAGGCCAAGUUGGCAGAUAGCUCAAUCACUUUACAUUCUGGAAAUGCAAUGGCUGUGGAGCCUGAAAUGGUGUCACAUGUGGCGGCAACUAAUGUCGGGCUUCAGCGGAGUUCCUAUAAUGAACCGAAUUUCCUUCCAUUUGCUCCUGAUCUUAAUGUGAGAUUUCUGGCACGGGGUCCACCUAGUUCUAGUGUGCCAAUUGGUUCACCCCAGCGCCCUGAUUUAGCAUUGCAGCUCUAAUAAUCAGCUAACACGAUUUCCGUAUGAUGUGGCUUGUAUGUGCUAAUUGUAGUAUAGGUCAAGUACGCCUGUAUAUGAUGAUAAGAUUUGGUCGAAUUUACUGACUACAUUUCUUCAUUGGAAGGUCCGUUGAGUAGUGGUUCCUCAAGAAGUCUUUAGGAUCAGAUUGUAGGGGAGAUUUUGUACAGAUUGGUAUAUCAAAUUCUUUCACCGGGUUAAAAAAUUACAGAUUUGUAUGCAACAUACGGUAUCUAACAUGUUAUAUUUUGAGUUGUUAAUGAAUAUUGUUACCAAUA